AUGGCUUUGGAUAGAGACAAGAAGGUCAUGGCGAUGACGCCGCUCAUCGUCCGGUUCAUGGCGGCGCCCAUGCUGUUCCCCUGCGCCCGCAGCCUCAGCGGGAAGAUCUCGGAGCAGUACACCCACGCGAUCGGGCCCAGCCCGAUGGAGAAGAACGCGACAAAUGAGAGGACAGUGGCGAUGGAAAGCGCGACAGCCCAGAUGAGGUGCUCGCCCGGGUGGUGA